UAUUUCGAAACCGAGCAAUCGAGUUUUCGAGUUCGGCCAUUUCGUUUGAUCUUUAAAUUGUUGUUAUCGAUUUACGUAUUUCGAUAUUGUUAAAGUUGCCGUUCCGAAAUCAAUUUCAAUCACUGCAAUUCGAUUUCAUCAUUGACAAGGUAAAAAAAUCGUUUUUCUAUCAAUGGUUAUCGAUUAUAUCAGCUUAUUAUGCACAUUGAAUUAAAAUAAGCGCGAAAAAAAAUGCUCAAACGACUGAAUAAAGAUAACGAGUUAGAAUUGGAGCAUUGUUUAAUGGAUCCUUCUAGUUUCGAUUUAUCGCGGCGCAAAAUGCCGCUCUAUUAUAAAAAAUUAGUCGUCCCGAUGAGGAUGAGAAGCGUCUAUUGGAAAUACUUCGGGUUCCCGGCGAACGACGACGGCACAAUAUUAACCAGAGAAAAGAUCGUCUGCAUUAUUUGCAAAUCUCAAAUGAUUUAUAAUCGAAACACGAGCAAUCUCCGCAUGCAUUUGCACAGCAAACACAAAAAUAUAUUUCGAAAAAUUGAAAUCGAAGAAGGAGAAAAACCUCCACCUACUCCUAGCCCCGGAACCUCCGCGAAGCGAGCCAAGACCUCCUCGUCGUUGAAAAACAUAUAUUCUCGAAAUGUCGACGGAACCGUCGAUUUUAACGCUAGCAAGCAGAAAAAUGAUAAUAAAGAAGUUCACGUCGUAAUGACAGAGGAAGUCACCGAAUCGGAUAUAUCUAAUAUUGCCAUCAUUUUCCCUAAUAACGACGAAUUGAGCGAAUUUAACGAAGUCAGACACGUCACCAACGAUAACACCGAGUCGAGUGAAAUUACAGACGCUGUGGUCAAUUUCAUCAUCACCGAUUUAGUCCCUACCGAUGUCGUCGAUGGCAAAGGGUUCAAUAAUUUGGUUUCCAGUUUGUACAAUAAACCAGUCACCUUACCCAGUGAGAAAAAAGUCACCGAAGAGUUGAUCCCCGAAUUAUACGAAUCCUGCAAGCAACAAGUCUAUAAUGCUAUAAUGAACAAUUGCAUCAGUAAUCUUUCAAUUAGUAUCGAAGAAUGGCAGACCCUAGAUGGGUUAAAAUGCGAAUCUAUUUAUAUGCACUACUUGCAAAACGGCGAACCUCGUUUAUUCACGAAAUUACUAACCACCGUUUAUUGCACCGGUUCUGAAACCGCCCAGCACUGGAUUUCCGUUCUGGAUAAACUAUUCGGCGACUGGAAUAUCAACAGUACGGCGAUAACCGGCGUCAUUUUGGCCUCUGAAUGCGCAGAAUUAAGAGCCGCAUUACAAAUCAAAAGUAUCACUCCGCUACCUUGUUUCUUGAACAUACUGCAGAGAUUAUGUUCGGAGAAUUGUUUCCAAUUUCCUGAUAUAAAAUUGCUAUUGGAGAAAUGUCGUCGAGUGGUGAAAUUCAUUCAAGAAUUGAAAGUCGCCGUUUACGAAUCUGCAACUACGAACACCGAUUUUGAAGACGACGACUACGAUGAAAAUGACGAAAACGCGUUGAAUUACGACAGUCCUCAUUCGUGGUUGACCACGUAUUACAUGUUGAGAGGUUUACUCAGAAGAAAAGAAACCAUUAUACAAGUGUUGAACGAUUCUUCGGUCAAAUUAAAAUACACCUCGUUAUCGUCCAUCGAAUGGGAUAAAAUGCAAGAUUUGAUAAACGUACUCAAACCUUUGAAAACUUUCGUGAGUACUUUAUUCGAAGAAAAGAAUCCGUCGAUUUCGUUAAUCAAACCGAUCACUCUGAGAGUGAAUAACGCCGAGCUUGAAAUCAACGAAGACGAUUCGUCUUUAACGCAGCAGCUAAAAACAACGAUUAAAAAUUUCUUAAAUGACGCUUACGGCGAUACUGUAGUCGAGCAACUCAUAUCGAUCGCUACUGCGUUAGAUCCUCGUUUCAAAACUUACGUACAAGAUGAACAUUUCAACCUGGAGCAGACUUUGAUGGAUCUUUUGUCAGAAUUGAUCAGAACCGAAGGUGCUUGCCCUUCCGAGGAACCUAGCACAAGUGCGGGGAAAAGCCCAUCGACUGAUAAAAAAGCUCGACUUUCCGGUAUCAACGCCUUAUUCGGUUCCUUCACUGUGAGUAAGCCUGCGGUAACAGAUCAAGAUAGAGUCAAAAUGGAAGUACAGAGCUAUCAAACAGCCUCUAACGCUUCGUUCGAAGAAUGUCCUUUAGAAUGGUGGCAACUCAUGAAUAAGAAAUGCCCGAAUUUGAUCAGAUUGGCUCACCGUUACCAUUGUAUUCCUGCUACCGUCAUUUUCAACGGGUGCCACUCGGUCAAGGAGUACAUGAGUUAUUCUUCAAAACGGGCAUCUCUAAAUGUUAAUAUGAUAGAUCCGUUAUUAUUUUUACACACUAAUAGAGUACUAUUUUGAUGUAAACUAUGCUAAGGUUUCCUGUUAGAUUUUUUUAGUUGACACGAGUGUAAGAAGAUUUUUCUUAUUGUAAAAUUUUUAUUUAUUGUAAAAUAUAAAAUACAAAAUAUUUACAUGAGUGUACAAACAUG